AAGAUGAUGAUUGAAUGAAUGCAUAUAUGAAUGAGUGAGGGAAUUUGAAGAUAUAGAUACAUAUCCACCAAAUUUGUUCAUUUCAUGAAUUGGGCCUGGGAAGUGCCUACUACUUCAGUUCUAAAAUUCAACAGAAACCGCACUCAGAAAGAGUUAAGGAGAGGAGAGAGGAGAGAGGAGAGAGAAGAUAGAAUUGGAGAUGGCAGGAGGAGGAUCAAUUGCAGAAACUGGGGUGAACAAAGAGAGGGCUAAAGAGUACCAAGGAAGGGUGACACCCUAUGUCAUCAUAGCAUGUUUAGUUGCUGCUGUUGGAGGCUCACUCUUUGGUUAUGACAUUGGAGUUUCAGGGGGAGUGACAUCAAUGGAUGAAUUUCUUGAGCGGUUCUUCCGCCCAGUGUAUGAAAAAAAGAAGCAUGCACAUGAAGACAACUACUGCAAAUAUGACAGCCAAAGUCUUUCAGCGUUUACCUCAUCUUUAUAUUUAGCUGGUUUAGUCACGUCUCUGGCUGCAUCGCGCAUCACUAGGAGCCGUGGACGUCGCAUGAGUAUAAUAUGUGGUGGUAUCAGUUUUCUUGUUGGAGCUGCUCUCAACGCCUCAGCUGUCAACCUGGUCAUGCUUCUUUUAGGCAGAAUUAUGCUUGGUAUAGGCAUUGGCUUUGGUAACCAGGCGGUCCCAUUAUAUUUGUCAGAGAUGGCACCAGCCCAUAUUAGAGGAGCCUUGAACAUGCUGUUUCAAUUAGCAACAACGCUCGGGAUCUUCACAGCAAACAUGAUCAACUAUGGAACAAGCAAGCUUCAUCCUUGGGGAUGGAGGCUUUCAUUAGGCCUUGCUGCACUGCCAGCUUUGUUGAUGACCGUGGGGGGAAUACUUCUUCCUGAGACACCAAACAGUUUAAUUGAACAGGGGAAAAGGGAGAAAGGAAGAGGAGUUUUGCAAAAAAUAAGAGGGACCGAGAAUGUGGAUGCAGAGUAUGAAGACAUGAUUGAGGCAAGUGACUUGGCAAGGUCAAUUCACCAUCCAUUCAGAAACAUUCUGCAGAGGAGAAACCGGCCUCAACUCAUCAUGGCAAUCUUCAUGCCAACAUUCCAGAUACUUACGGGAAUAAAUAUUAUACUCUUCUAUGCUCCAGUGUUGUUCCAGAGUAUGGGAUUCAAAGGAACUGCAGCCCUCUACUCGUCUGCUUUGACUGGAGCUGUUCUUGUUUCAUCUACAGUGGUUUCCAUGGCUGCAGUAGAUAGUUGGGGCCGAAGAGUUCUGCUCAUUUCUGGCGGAAUCCAAAUGAUCAUCUGCCAGGUUAUCGCUGCCAUAAUUCUAGGCCUGAAAUUUGGAGAUGAUAAGGUGCUCUCAAAAGGCUAUUCAAUCUUAGUGGUGGCUGUUAUCUGCCUCUUUGUCGCGGCCUUUGGGUGGUCUUGGGGUCCUUUAGGAUGGACAGUGCCAAGUGAAAUUUUCCCACUGGAGACACGCUCUGCUGGCCAAAGCAUCACAGUGGCUGUGAAUCUCUUCUUCACUUUUGCAAUAGCACAAUCUUUCCUCUCACUUCUGUGUGCUCUCAAAUUCGGGAUUUUCCUACUCUUUGCUGGCUUUAUCACCAUCAUGACAAUUUUUGUCUAUCUUUUUCUACCUGAAACAAAGGGAGUUCCUAUUGAAGAGAUGAUGCAGCUGUGGCAGAAGCACUGGUUCUGGAAGAAAAUUGUUUCUGGUAUCCAUUGACUGUCACCACCGUUAGCCAGAGAAAAGUUGCUAACUUCAUUUUCUGCAAGUCUUUGUAACUUAAAGAGUACAGAGAAAUUCAGGUAAAUGUAUUGAAUUGAACAAAAUCUUAACCAACCAAUACUUUGAGAAUUAAGCAUGCAUCAUAAUUUAAUACAACAUAAAUCUGAGUCAA